AUCCCUCUGCUCCUUCCCUCCUCUCUUCACUCCCAACAACCACCACCACCCCAAUGGCAGCUCCGCCCACCCCAGGCCCCCGCCCGGUGGUCCCCAGUGGCCUCCUCCUCCUCCUCGGCGGCCGCCCGCCGCCGGGCCAAGGUCGUCGUCAUCAUGGGGGCCACCGGGUGUGGCAAGUCCGGCCUCUCCAUCGACCUCGCCGCCGUCUUCCCUUCCGAGGUCAUCAACUCCGACAAAAUGCAAGUCUACCGGGGCCUCGACAUCACCACCAACAAGAUCACCCCGGCCGAGCGCCGCGGCGUCCCCCACCACCUCCUCGGCUCCUUCGACCCGGACGACGGCGAGAUGAGCCCGUCGAUGUUCCGCUCCCUAGGCCAAUCCGCCAUCUCCGGCAUCGCCUCCCGCGGGAACCUCCCCCUCCUCGCCGGCGGCUCCAACUCCUUCAUCCACGCUCUCCUGGUGGAGCGGUUCGACCCGGAGGUGGACGUGUUCGGCGGGCUCACCUCCCCGGCCAGCCUCGAGCUGAGGUACAACUGUUGCUUUCUGUGGGUCGACGUGUCGCCGCCCGUCCUGGAGGAGUACCUCUCGAAGCGCGUGGACGACAUGCUCGACAUGGGCAUGUUCGAGGAGCUCGCCCGGUACUACGACCCGCGCCGGACCGACCCAGGGGGUCGGACCGGGCUGAGGAAGGCCAUAGGCGUGCCCGAGUUCGACCGCUACUUCAAGAAGCACCCGCCGCAGCGGUGGGCGGGCCAGGGGCAGGGGGACGCGCGGCGGCCGGAGGAGGGGAGGGAGGGGGACGACGAUCGGGCGCGGGAGGGCGCAUACGAGGAGGCGGUGUGGGAGAUUAAGGAGAACACGCGCCAGCUGGCGAAGCGGCAGAUCGAGAAGAUCGAGCGGCUGAGAGAGUGCGGGUGGGAGCUGAGGAAGCUGGACGCGACGGAGACGUUCCGGCUGGCGAUGGCGACCGACGAGGGCGGCGGCGGCGGCAGGCGGCGGGACGUUUGGGAGAGGCAGGUGGUGGGGCCGAGCGUGAAGAUUGUGAAGCGGUUCUUGCAAGAGUAGGUGUCGUUUCAUCGGUUCUUAAUUUUUCUCUCUCUUGU